AUGGUUGAGAGGUGGCAAAGAUCCCUCAAGGCCUUGCUCAAAGCAAGACUUUGCGAUGGAGCAAAUUGGAUGGAUUCUCUUCCCCUUGCUCUCCUGGGACUUCGUUCGGCUUGGCGCGCCGAUGGUGGCUUCAGCGCUGCCCAACUUCUAUACGGCUCCCCCUUGCGGUUUCCCGAAAGAUGUCUCGCUCCCACUCCCCGCAGCCUUGACCCAGCUGCAGAGCUGCCGUUUGUCCAAAACCUCCGCCGCCGUCUUCAAUUGGUGGCACCGCCUCCCGUUCGUUUUCAUGGCGACCCGCCGGUCCAACUUCCUACGGAUUUGAGCGUCACAGACUGUGUGUUCGUGCGCCAUGAUACUCACCGUGACUCGCUCCAAGCUCCCUAUGACGGCCUGUUUCUUGUGUUGGAUCAGAACCCUAAAUUUUUAAUUCUGGAUCUCAAUGGCAAGCCCGAUUCCGUCUCAGUGGACCGGCUCAAAGUCGCCCACGGCGUUUCUGCCGCUGAUGUUCCCGUCCACCGUCGCCGGGGCCGCCCGCCUAAUGUGCGUCCUGCUCGGCUCAGCCCCAAUCUUGCCAUUGGAGAUCCCCCUUGCAAUGUCAAUCAGGGUCCCAACCAGGAUAUUGACUGGCAGCUCCCUCAACCCCUAGCUAUCCGCCCUCAAGUUACCCGAGCUGGGCGUGUUACACGACCCCCUGCCAAUUUUACCCAUUUUGUGACUCACGAUAUCUAUUCUCUCCAACAUUGUUAA